UCCGGCCGCGCCGUCGAGGAGAGGAAGCCAAGCCCGACGGCGCGGCAGGGAGCAGCCGAGGGGGAGUUUUCCUCGACGGCGCGGCCCCCGGAGGCUUCAUCCCCGGCCCGGGCCACGCCCUCCGGGCUGGACGGGGCCGCCCUAUAAAGCCCCCUUCGCCCGCGGCUGGGCCACCUCUCCGGCCCGCCCCGUCGCCAGCAUGUUGCAGAGCCGGCCGCUGCCCUUCUCGGCGCUGGGCGAGCCGGCCGUCGAGGCCACCCGGGACCCGGCGCCUCCGCCGCGGAGCCGCUUCGACAUCGAGUCGCUGCUGGCCAAGCCGGAGCCGCCCCGUCGGAGCGCGCCCGGGGCCAGCCUCUGGGCCACCGCCGCCUCCCCGGGCGCGCUGCGCUUCGGCUGCGCCCUCCGGUUCCUGCCGCUCCCCGCCGUCUGCUUGGGCGAGAGGACCCCCGCGCUGCUCCCGCUGCCGCCCCGCCAGUGCGCCCCGACCGGCUGCAGGAGGCCAGAGCUGGAAUUUGCUCACUGCGCCCUGGCUGGCUCCCUGGGGGCUCCCCUUUCCUGGAGAUCGGGGGGUCCCUGCAAGAUGAAGAGGGUGCGCACCGUCUUCACGCCAGAGCAGCUGGACCGGCUGGAGAAAGAGUUCCUCAAGCAGCAGUACAUGGUGGGCAACGAGAGAGUGGACCUGGCCGCCACCCUGCACCUCACAGAAACCCAGGUGAAAGUCUGGUUCCAGAACAGGAGAAUCAAAUGGCGGAAGCAGAGCCUGGAGCAGAAGGCAGCCAAGCUCUCGCAGUUUGGGGGGCCGCAGCCCGGCCCCCGGGGGCUGCCAGACGAGGAGGACAGUGGCGAGAAUGAGGAGGGGGACGUGGACAUCGAAGUCUAGCGGUUGCUGCCCCAGCUGAGGACACCACUUUGCAUCUGCCUCCUGGGGAGGCCAGGACUUGAUGGCGCCCCCAUGAACACCCCCAGAGCCUUGCCUGGUCCACCUGGGGGCUGGGGCUGGUGGUCUGGGCCUUUGGAUGCCAGUCUUGGUCUCUUUGUGUGCACACUCAUUGCCUGGCUCCAUCGGGCGCCAUUCAGCGAAGGGCUUCCGCUAGGACUUUGGGCUGUGCGGCAGAACUUUCUCUGUCUCUGUGCACCCCUAAAUCUGUUCUGGGGAUUCCCCAGACCCAGUGGAUCAGAGCUGGGUGGGGGCAGCAGGGAGAAGAGAGGCAGGGGAUUUUGCAUUGCGCAGCCAGAAGUCCUUGCGCUAGUGGACUCUCUUGGCUGCAUUCCACCCAUUGCGUUCUGCUCUCUGCCUCUGCUUCUGGGCACUAAUGUGGCGCCAGGGAGCUGGUCAGUAGGACACACUGGAGCAAGGAGGCUCUGUUGAACUAGCCAGCCCAUAUCCAGACUCAGGAUUGUCUUCCAUGAAUCCAUGAAAUGAUGUAUACAUUAAUCCUGUGGCGGUGAGUUCCAUAGGUCAGUUAUACAUUGCCAAAUUGUAGAUUUGGCCCUGGAGCUUAAUGCAAACCUUGGUGAAUGUUUGAAAUCUGAAUCUAAUAUCUCAAAGUUUAAUUGUAGCCGUUAACAUUACACCACGUCAAACCAUUUUCCUUAUGUAGCUCAGGUUUGUCAGCACUGACUGGCAGAACUUUCCAGGAUUUGAGAUGGGGAAGAUUCACAGCUGUACCUGGAAAAGCCGGGAGUUGAUCUUGUGACCUUUUCAUCUAGCAGAUGUUCUGCCACUGAGCCUCAACCCUAAACUGAGCCUCAACCCUUCCUUGCUAAGUUUGCCGCCGACUCCGCCGUUUCCUCGGACUGGUGAUUCAGAGCCUCUUGGCAAUCUCAGGGUAUAACUGAUUGUGCCUCUUCCUUUCUUAAAAAAGCAGGACAUUGCAAAAUGGCCGGUCGCGAAUCGCGAUAUUUAUUUAUAUAGCAGUAGCUGCACUUUUUAAAGUAGAAAAAGAUAUAAUUUAAUUUAUUUCUUCCUCUUGUGUUUUUUGUGUUUGUGCCAUCGAUAAAAUCUGGUUUUGUAGGAAAGCAGAAAAAUAAAAACUUUAUAUGCAAAUCCUGUUCUGUCCCAGAGGCAACUGUCCUGGGAGUCUGCUGCGCCAAGCAGCGCUCAUGGCUACGAUGCGCGGUAGCAAUCCUGCGCACGCCAGCAGAAAGACUUGAGUUCCAGGUGCAAGACCUGACUGCCCAUGUUGGUCAGGGCUCUUUCUCCCCUGUGGGCCAAAGUCAAAAUUAGCAUCGGUUUCUGUGCGACUUACGGGCUGCAUCAAAGCCU